GGUCAUAUGUGCGGAGCGCCGCCUGUAGAUGGCUAAGGAAAGUAAAAAUUAUUAUUAUUUAUUGUCUGUUUUGUCAUCAAUGAUAAAAAAAAUCAAGGAUCAAGAGCCUGAAUGAACAGUGAAUGGUGACGUCUGGUUUGCUCAGAAAGCAAGUCAUCCGCCGGGUCCUCUACUCGUGAAACAACAAUUUGCAACCUGGUCAAAUUUGCAAUCAUUCAAUUACAAUCCCCAAAGGAAAGACUUCAUUUUAGACAAAUCUGUUGAUCAAGAAAGUGCUGAACCCAAAAGUUGUUCACAGUGAAUUUUUCUUUGUUCACAAUCAGCCUGAAAACAUGCCGCUGGACAGCGUUAAAAACAUUUUUAUAGUACUCUCUGGAAAAGGUGGUGUGGGAAAAUCGACAGUCAGCACCCAGCUUGCCCUUGCACUAAAAGACAAAGGAUUUAAAGUGGGGUUGCUUGAUAUUGAUUUGUGUGGGCCAAGUGUUCCAUAUUUGCUUCAGCUUGAAAACAAAGAAAUCCAUCAAUGUCCUGAAGGCUGGGUACCCGUUUAUGCAGACACGGAACGCAAAUUAGCAGUCAUGUCUAUCGGUUUUCUCCUCCCCAAUAGAAACAAUGCUGUUGUUUGGAGAGGUCCGAAGAAAACAGCCAUGAUCCGGCAAUUCCUCAAUGAUGUCUUUUGGCAAGAACUUGAUUAUCUCAUCAUUGACACUCCACCUGGCACAUCUGAUGAGCAUAUUACUGUGAUGGAAAAUCUGAAGACCAUCAAAUGCAAUGGAGCUAUUGUUGUGACCACCCCUCAAGCUGUAGCCAUCGAAGAUGUCCGCAAGGAACUGACAUUUUGCCAAAAAACCGGAAUUAAAAUCCUAGGCAUUGUUGAAAACAUGAGUGGAUUUGUCUGUCCUCAUUGCACUGAAUGUACAAAUGUUUUCUCAACGGGCGGCGGGGAAUUGUUGGCAGAAAAGGCAAAUGUGCCAUUUUUAGGUCGCAUACCAUUGGAUCCAAGACUAGGACAGUGUUCGGAGAGAGGAGAAAGCUGCUUGAUUACAUUAAAGGAUUCGCCUGCAUCUCAGGCCAUUGAUAGUGUUAUUUGCAAGCUGACACAACAAGUGCCUUAAUUUUUUAUUAAAAAUAACUGAACUAGUGUAUAAUUUAAUUUUCUUCAAUUUGUAGAAUUUCAUUUCAUAUCGGUGGUUGAUUCAUAGUGUUGGAAUAUUGAUUGGGUAUUUGGAAAUAUUUCUACACUAGAUAAUUAAAAUCAACAAUAAUUGUUUAAAAAACAAUGUAAUUAAGUUUAUGCGACUUUGUAAAUAUUUUGCUUACUUGUGAGAAUAAAAAAAAAUGGAUAGAUCUAGUAA